AUGUUCAGGGAAAGACAACGUAGACAAUUGACGUUUAAUAAUCACAUUCAUGGGGAGGAUGGUGAGUCGGAACAGCCAGCUAACACUUCGUGGACGCUAAGACUUAUCCCAGAUAUGUCGCCAACAUACAAAUAUGAUGAGUCCCGAGGAGAUAA